AUGAGUAGAUCAAUAAGCAAGGAAAAGGCAGAAUCCAAUACAGAAGUUUUGAAAAUGCUGCUAAAACUACCAGGAAAUAAAUACUGUUCAGAUUGUAAGCGUAAUGAUCAUCCAAGAUGGGCAAGUUGGUCUUUAGGGAUUUUUUUAUGUAUCAGAUGCUCGGGAAUACAUAGAAGUAUGGGUACUCAUAUUAGCAGAGUUAAAUCAGUUGACCUGGAUUCAUGGACAAAUGAGCAACUAGAAAAUAUGAUUCGUUGGGGAAAUGCACGUGCCAAUAAAUAUUGGGAAGCAAAGUUGAUUCCAGGUCAUAUACCAUCAGAAAGUAAGAUUGAUAAUUAUAUAAGAACUAAAUAUGAAACGAAAAGAUGGGUUAUGGAUGGUCCAAUACCAGAUCCGUCUACAUUAGACGAAGGCAACAAUAAUGAAAUAAUUCAUGAUCUUGUUUUAGAUCAUUCUUUAGAGAAAAAGCAAUUUUCAUCUAUAGUACCCAAAAAUACAAAACAAAUAUAUACAAAAGACUAUCAAAUAUUAAAUAAUUUAUUUUCUUUUUCGGAAAAAAAAGAAGUAUCAUUACAUCAUCAAAAUUCACCUUCUCAACAAAAUUCUAUUAAGUCAAAAGAACCCUUAUUUAAAUCGAAUUUAAAGAAUUAUACCAAUAUUUUAGAAUCGCAUGAACCACAUUCAUCGAAAAUCCAUGAUAAAUCCUCAAGAGCCGUCCUUAAAACAUCAAUUCUAUCUCUUUAUUCAACAACAUCCACGUCUCAACCGAAUAUUUUAUCUAAAUCUUCAGUAAAAGAUGCAUGUUUACAUGAAGAUCAACAGACAUCUAAGCAUGAAUCAAAAUUAUCAGAUAGUUUUAAAGACAUUUCCAAAAGCGUUCAAGAACUAAAUAUAUCUGAAGAACAAAAAAUAUCUCAUACUUCUGAAUCUUCACAUCAAUUUUCAAAUCCCGCAGUAUCUUAUUUAUUAAAUACACAAAAAUUUUCUCCUGUUUCUGCAUCUCAUGAUAUCACUGCAACAAAAGACAAUGCAUCAAAAAUAAAUCGAAAACAAAGCUAUUCUAAAGGGAUAUCAUCUAAUAAUAAAAUUUUCGAUACAGAAAGCCUAUGUCUUAAAAGUUUUACAACAGAUGUGUCGAAAAUAGUUCCAAAUCCCGAUAAAGAUCCUUUUUCUAAACAAUGGGACAAUGACUCGUUAACAUUUAAUGCCUUUCAACCGUCUAAUUUUUUUGCCGAUUCUGACACUUUAUCUUUUCAUACUUCUCCAUGGUCAACUGAUGAACCUAAAGAAAUACAACGAAAUUCUACUAAUUCUCAAAAAGAUACACUUCAUAAAGAUGGUAUCCAUGACAAAAGCAUCCUUUUUUAUGACGAUUCAAUCAUUUCUACUACGGAUGUAUGGAAAUAAGAUAUACAAUUCAUA